UGGCCGUUUGAAGUUGAAAGAGGUUCAAAGUUGUUUAACUUCAAAAACCCAACUUGAAUGCAACCCAACAAAACCCAUUAAACCAAAACAAAACACAGCCUCAGAAUUGAAGGCACAAAGAAACACCGUUGGUCCGUUGCUGAUAAAGAAACUCACAGACACUCUCAGAGAGAGAGAGAGAGAGAGAGAUGACGGGGCUCGUGAUGGUGACGAAGGGAGGUGGGUGUGGUGGGAAGGGAGGGAAGGGAGCGAAGAGCUCGGAGGAAGAGCAAAACCAGCUCUCGCUGGUGGCGUUUCUCGUGGCGGCUCUGAGGAAAUCCAUGGUGGCUUGCCGGGUCGAUAGGGGAGAAGAUGUGAUGUCCACCGUUCAUCACAUGGACAUCGGGUGGCCCACAAACGUGCAGCACAUCACCCACGUGACCUUCGAUCGGUUCAAUGGGUUUCUGGGUCUGCCUGUGGAGUUCGAGGUUGAGAUCCCAGGUCGAGUUCCCAGUGCUAGAUUUUGUAGUGCAAGCGUGUUUGGAGUUUCAGCAGAGUCAAUGCAAUGCUCUUAUGAUUCAGCGGGAAAUAGUGUACCCACUAUACUCCUACUAAUGCAGGAGCGCUUAUACUCUCAAGGAGGCCUAAAGGCGGAAGGAAUUUUCAGGAUAAACCCAGAGAAUAGCCAAGAGGAGCGUGUAAGGGAUCAGCUGAAUAGGGGCAUUGUCCCUGACAAUAUUGAUGUCCAUUGCUUAGCAGGGCUUAUUAAAGCCUGGUUCCGAGAGCUUCCUUCAGGAGUCCUUGAUGGACUUUCUCCCGAACAAGUUCUCCAAUGCAACACUGAAGAAGAAUCUGUCGAGCUUGUGAAGCAGCUAAAGCCAACUGAGACUGCAUUGCUCAAUUGGGCUGUUGAUCUUAUGGCUGAUGUUGUUGAAGAAGAGGAAUCUAACAAAAUGAAUGCCAGAAACAUUGCCAUGGUUUUUUCUCCAAAUAUGACUCAGAUGUCUGAUCCAUUGACGGCUCUAAUGCAUGCUGUUCAAGUAAUGAACUUGCUCAAGACCCUGAUUAUGAAAACACUAAGAGAUCGUGAAGAAUCUGUAACUGGAGGAUAUUCACCUAUGUCAUCCCGUUCAUCCAAUCAGGAAAUUGAUGAGGAUUUUGACAGUCAGCAAGAGAUGGAUAUGAGCUGUGAAUUGAGAGGACCGACGUCAGAUAAUGAUGAUAACGCCCCUCAUAACAUCAGCAGUGAAGAUGAAGAUGAGGUGGAGUCACUGGGUGAGGUAGAGGAAUGCUUCCUAAGGCAAUUGGAUGAGAAUAAAAGCACUACAAAUAGUCUCUCCGAACAACCAGAAAAUGAUUUGCGGUUGGAGCAUGCAAGUCCCUCAAGUUGCAAUGUGGAAUCUGGUAUCAGUGGUGUGUCAUUCACGGCAAGCAAAGAUGGGAAAUCCAGCUCGAGUUCCAGUGAUGUGGAAGAAGACAUGGGGACCAGUCUGAUUGAUGUGGGAUCAAAGGUUGGGGAAGAGAGCCCAUCAGUAGGAAGUGCAAGCACCAAUGAUGUAGAGAUGAUGGAUAAAUCGGAGUUCAUUUCACCGAUGCCGUUGUUCGCGUCUACACAAUCUGCCUAACUUGUUUCGUUUCUGCAGCGUCGGUAAUAUACUUUGUUUGCUCAUGAUUUGCUCCCCACAUUCACGAUUGCUUGUGUAAAUUAAUACAGCAGUGGGUGAGAGGGGCUUUUGUUAGACUCGGGUAGGGAGAGAGAGUGUUGCUUGUGGAUUGUGAAAGAGUCACGGGUUCAGCUUAGGGCUGAACUCGUGCUUGUUUGUAUCUUUUAGUAGUGAACGAUUUCUAACCUUGGCUUUUUCAGAUUUGACUGAAUUGUUGUUAGAAGUCCAGUCCUGUUUCUAUGUUUAGCAUUUCAGAAGUCUGUAUUGAGUCUUAGCUAGGGAGCUUGAUUUUCUUGUGUGAAACUCUGCUUGUUAUAUGUAUGCUAGAUUCACAUGCCUUGUAUGAUUCAGAUUCAAAGGAA